AUGUCUGUAGAAGAUGAAGAAUGGAAGCAACAAAUCCCACCGGGUUUCAAGUUUUGUCCUUCUGAUGAAGAGAUACUACAAUAUUAUCUUCUUCGUCAUGUCACCAGAAACUAUAUCCCGCCCGAAAUAAUACCUCUAGUCGAUCUCUACGAAUGUAACCCUGAUCACCUUCCAGGAGUUAAUAUGGACGGGGAGUAUACGUACUUCUUCACGAAGAGAGAUCGAAAAUAUGUAAAUGGAAAAAAAAACACUGCUCGGGUUACAAGAGACGGAAUAGGAUAUUGGAAAUCAACAAGCAAAAAAACUACAGUAUUUGCUCAAGAUGGCUCUGAGUUGGGUAAAAAAACCACACUUAAAUAUCAUUUUAAAAACUCAGCAGGCGGCAAAGUGGAUAUUCCCGCAGAAUGGAUAAUGCACGAGUAUGUAAUUUCUAACAAGCUCGUCUAUCCCUCAAUAUCAUCAAAAGAGGACGAAUAUUACGAGGAUAUUGCAGCCUGCAGAAUUUAUAAGAAAAAAUCAGAAAUCAAAGAGCAAAGGAACUUGAUUAAUUCUUUAAUUGGGCCCAAUCUCUUCACGACUGAUCAUAACAAUGGAGAACCACAACCAUCACUAAAGCGAAAAUUCGAAACCCUAAUCACAUCUGAUCAACCACAUGAUACAACCAUGAAUAUGAAAUAUCUAUGUGAUAGCCAUGCUGCAUUAAUAUUGGAUGGUAUGAGAACCACUUACGAGAUUGGCCAAACAUCAAAUACUAAGUCAGUACCACAUGAGAUUGACCAAACAUCAAAUACUAACCCAACACCACUUGAGAUAGGCCCAACAUCAAAUACUAACUCAACACCAUUGGAGAUUGGCCAAACAUCAAAUACUAAUUCAACGCCACCUCAGGACAAUAUUGUGCUAACGGGAGAAGGGGUGUAUGUGGGUCCUACUGAUCAAGCCUCGUCGAAUAUUUACCAAAAUCAGAGUAAUGAAAGGAAAAUUGAAGGAACUAAUCUUGAUUUUGAUUUGGAUGGAUUGGAUGACAUAUUACUCAAUAGGUCACCCCCAGAUGAGUCAUUUGAGAAAUACUGGCAAUCUCUUGGAAUUUGA